AUGUCCCAAGAAAACUGUGAUAUGAAUAUAAAUGAGGAAACAAAUGAAUAUAACGAUGAAAAUAUAAAAGAAUAUUAUAAUGAAUUCAAGAAAAGGGAACAUGUUUAUCUAGCGUGCAUAUCUUCACUUGAAAAAGAAAUGUGUCGAAUACACUUGUAUCUGAAUGAAUGGAGAAGCAUGCAUACUUAUGAAGAUGAAGAAAAGAAAUCGAAUACAGGAAUUAAUAGUGUAAACAUAAAUUCUUUGAGGAAUAUAUUAAUUGAUCCAUGUAUAAAUUUAGAGAUAAAAGAAUUAAGAAAUAAAAUUUAUGAAAUAACUAAAAUAUGUAAUAUAGCUGAAGAAAAACUUCAAGGAUGUAAUUUUGAUGCUCAAUCAAUAGCUGGACAAAGAUUAAUAAAUAAGUGUAAAAAAUUACAAGAAGAAAAUUAUGAAUUAGGAAAAACUAUAGAAGAAAAUAAUUUACAAUCUUUAAGUAUACAAAUUACCAAAUUAAAACAACAUAUAGUUUUUUAUAAAAACGAAUUAAGAGUUUUAAAAGAAUUAAAUGCAGAUAUUGAUGAAGAUAAUGAACUAUUAAGUCAACAACUUUCUGAAAUUACUAAAAAAUAUACUCUCUUAAGUGAAGAAAAAAUGGAAUUACAAAAAAAUAAUGAAGAAUUAAAUAAUUAUAUAAAAAAUCUCAAGCUAAAAUAUAACGAAUCAAAUAUUGAUAUACAAAAAGAAUAUCAUAAAAAUAGCUAUAGUAAUAUAAACAUUAAUAAGAAAAAAAGAAAUCAUAAUAGCUUUUCUUAUCAAAAUGAUAAUCAAGAAAAUAAUAUUAAUUAUGAUAAUGUUAUUAUUAAAGGUGUAGAUAAUAUAAAUAAUGAAUAUAAUUAUAAAUAUUAUGAUUAUGAUAAUAAUUCAAAACAUGAAUAUAGUAGUAAAUAUGGCACACAUUCCAAAUAUAAUAAACAUCAUACUAAUAAAUAUGAUAAAUAUGAUAAAUAUAAUAAUAUCCAUGAUCAUCAUAAUAAUAUAUUUGACCAAUAUAAUAAUGGGUAUGAUUAUAAUAAUAAAUAUGAACAACAAAGAUAUGACGAUUAUAGACAUAACACAGAUGAAAGAUAUAACAAUGAACACGAUUCAAAAACAGAACCACAGUCAAACAUUAAUUAUGAUAAAGAUAACAACAGUUGUAAAAAAAGACAUUCAAUCGAUAGUAGCAGAGAUAGGAAAUAUAGAAAGGUAGACAAACAAAAUUAUAAAGACAAAAAGUAUGAAAAGUAUAAGUCGAAGGAUAAAGAUAAAGAUAAAGAUAAGCAUAGAAAAGAAAAAGUAAGAGAUAAGGAUAGAGAUAAGGAUAGAGAUAGGGAUAGAGAUAAGGAUAGAGAUAGGGAUAGAGAUAGGGAUAGAGAUAAAGAUAGACACAAAAAAGAUAAAAAUAAAUAUAAAACAAAAUCAAAAAUGAAAAGUAAAAGAGGAGGAAAUUAUGAUGACGAAGAAGAUUAUGAUAGUAGUACUUAUUCUGAUAGAAAAAAAAAAGUUAAAAAUUAUGAUGAUGAAGAAUAUGAAGAUUUAUCAAGAGGUGGAAAUAAAUAUGAUAAUACGAUUACAUCUAAAAAUGAUGACAUGGAAGAAGCAACAAGUGAACAUGAUAGGUAUGUAUAUAUGCAUUAA